UCUACACUUUCCUCCUCUGUUUCUCCUCGCUCAGUCUCUCGCAUCUCUCCCAAUGCGUGCACUCUGUUUACUCCGAAAUGCAACGCCACGCAUAGCGACCCCAGAGUCGACGACUCGUCGCGGAUACUUCAUCGGACCGAUUCCUCCUCGUGCUCUGCCGACAAUGAUAUGUCGGGAAGACGCGCCAAGACGCUACCGUCAAUCUGUUACGUCUGUCCGCAUGUUCGUCGCACGAUUGUUGGAUCCGCUUUUAUUUAUAUGUCGCUUCUUUCAUUUGUCCAAAACGCGUUCGAUGCAUCGCGUCUUUGAAAUUAUUACGAGUAAACUAAUCCAAGGAACUAUUUAGAGAAAAAUAAUAAAAAUUGUAAAUUGUACACUAAAAAAACUGCAUCAUGACGGAAUACAAGCUUGUAGUAGUUGGAGCUGGAGGUGUUGGAAAAUCAGCACUUACCAUCCAACUGAUACAGAAUCAUUUUGUUGACGAAUAUGAUCCUACCAUAGAAGAUUCAUAUAGAAAACAAGUAGUGAUCGAUGGUGAAACGUGCCUUCUAGAUAUAUUAGAUACAGCCGGACAAGAGGAAUAUAGUGCAAUGAGAGAUCAGUAUAUGAGAACAGGAGAAGGAUUUUUGUUAGUCUUUGCUGUAAAUUCUGCUAAAAGUUUUGAGGAUAUUGGAACAUAUAGGGAACAAAUAAAACGAGUAAAGGAUGCAGAAGAAGUGCCAAUGGUGUUAGUUGGAAAUAAAUGCGAUCUUCAGCAAUCUUGGGCAGUAAAUAUGACUCAAGCGAGAGAAGUCGCACGACAGUAUGGUGUGCCAUUUGUAGAAACUUCGGCGAAAACAAGAAUGGGUGUAGAUGAUGCAUUUUACACUUUGGUCAGAGAAAUACGGAAAGAUAAAGAACGUACAGGUAAACCACCCGGUAGUAGCGGACACAGAAAACGUCGAUGCUGUAUUUUAUAAAUUCUUGGAUAACACCAAUAUAUAUUUUCACUCAAAACUCUAUUAUAACGCGAGAAAUAGAAUACGAGAAAAGCCUUACAUUAUGUUCACAGUGCACAAAUAUUUGCUGCUUACUCUAAAGUAUAAAUUGCAAUAAAUUGUAAAAAAUUGCAAGCACAUUUUUUCUAUAUAUUGAGAGAAAAGAACAAAUUAUGUAAUAGCUAUAAUAGUUUUUACCAUAUAAUAGGUUUAUGUUUCAUAUAAGAAACAUUUACCUUUGACAGUUUGCCCCAGGCAAUUUUAUUAUAUUGAAGUAUCUUAACCCUUGAUUGAAUGAAAGAAUAAUGCUGAUUUUUUUUUGUUACAUAUGUAUGAUGUUGGCACAAAACAUGUUAAAUUAUAUAUAUGUAUACACACAAAAUUAUAGAAUUACAAAAAAUAUAGCUUAACUCGCAAAUAUUAUAUUUGAUGCUGAUAUUCAUAUUUGUCAAUGUUACUGUCAUUUUUAUACAGAGGAUAAUAUAAAAAUUUUAUUACAGGGCACACAAAUAGGCCAUUGGUAAUAUGUGGCGUAAAAUGUAACAUGUAUAUAUUACUUUCUAUCUUAUAGCUAUUUAGUCGAUAUUAAUAACACUAUUCACUUGUCGCACACUAAUGGAUUUUAAUCAAACAGCAAUAUUAUAAUAUGUUAGUAAAGUAAAAUUUAAUCACUGUAUAAAUUGUUUUAUAAUUUAUGAAUUAAGUUUUUUGAUCAAUUGCCAUUUUUUAUCGUGAAUAUUUGCUAAGCAAAUAAAACUAUCAUUCUAAAGCAGAAAAAGAAGCUCGAGUCACAGAAAAGAUAUUACAAACUUAAUUCAUUAUGUGCUGUGAUUAGAUAUUUUUAAGUACAUCAGGUUAAUUAAGGCGUUACUGUGUGAUUAAAGCUGUGUUCCAAUAUUCAUGCCAGUAUACUGAAAAUCUAUAUUUUACAUCAUGUAUACUAUAAAUUUUUAGUACUGAUAGUGAAUAUCGGAACACAGCCCAUCUGCAAUUUUUAUAUAAAUAGUACUUUAUUUAGUAGCUAUAUAAGAGAAUAUACGCGCGCAAAUAUAUAGAUGUAUCUUCUAAGGAACUUGCUUUUUUUGGAAAUAGAUAUAUAGAUCAAAUGAUGCAAGUAAAUUGUACACAACAAUAUCGAAAUAAACUCGCGACAUCGAUUGUUAAAUUUGAACAGAAUAUCGCUUUCUUGUAUUAAUUUCUCAUGCUACCUACAUAUUAUUAACCAAAGGCUUAAAUAUUCAACUAUUCAAUUACAUUUAUUCCUAGAAAUAAUGAAUUUAUUGCAAGAAAGCUGUAUUUGCUAUAAUGAUAGCAUAUCCAUAUAACGCAUAUAUUUUUUUUUAGUUUAUAUAAAAAUUUAGAUAUACUUAAAAUUAUAAUCUUCUUUUAAACUUUAUGAGAAAAAAGAUAGACACUGCUAUUGGAAAGUUAAGAUGACAAAGUUAAGAUAGCGAGAAAUAAACUCUUAUGUUUCUGCUCUUUUAAUAAUUUGCUAAUUCAUUAUAAUAUCAUAGAUAAUAGAAUAAUUCAUUAAAAUAUUAACCACGAUUUAUUGUGACAUACUCAUAAUUUAAUAAAUAAAAUUAUUAUAAAUGACGAACAUUAUAUAUAUAUAUAUAAUUAUAUGGUACUCAAGUUAAUUGAGUUUUUUUUCUGACAAUAAAAUAAUUUCGACAUACAAUGAAUUUUUUCUUUACUUACUUCAACUUACAACGUAAAUAUUGAUGGUUAGGUUUUAUAAUAUAUUCAAGGAACAAUCAAGGGUUAAAUUCUUCGUUAAACAAUGCAAACAUUACAAAUUUCCAUAUUCUCAUAUACAUGUAAUAUUUUUUAAUAUUGAUGUAUACAAACGCGCAUAUUCUCAUAUACAUGUAAUAUUUUUUAAAUUAAUGUUUCCAGCUAAUAAGGAAAUGUGUAUGUAUGUGUAUAUAAGUAUACACAUAAUAUAGAGAUACUACACAUACAAUUCAAUUUCAUAAUAAAACUUUGUAAUAAAACCUGUUUGUUAUAGCAUUCACUUGUCGAAUGCUUGCCUAUAAGAUUGUUAUGGCUCAUUUAUAUGCACUAUUUACUAUUGUAAUAUUAAUUACAUAAAAUCAUUUUUGUAAUUUCAUCUAACAAUAUGUUGUCACAUUGAUAUGAAUAUUUAUAUAGAAAUAAAACAUUCAUAUAUAUUA